AUGGCGACAAUCAAACUACCGGAACAACUUCCUUCUCCUGCCCAAGACUCGGAAACACUUCGAAAAGCUUUAGAUGGAUUAAUGCAUGAUGGGAAGGCUGUUAUUAAAGUGUUGGGUCAUAGGAAUGCAACCCAAAGAAAAAUCAUUCGAGAGACUUAUCAAGAAUUAUACAAUCAGGAUCUCAUUGAGUCUCUCCGGUCUAAGAUUUCCCAUAAUUUUGGGAAAGCGGUGGUUUGGUGGACAUAUGAUCCACCAGAAAGGGAUGCAAGGUUGGUGAAGAAUGUGUUGAGUUCAAAGGAAAUUGGCACGAAUGAACUACAAGUGAUAGUCGAAAUCUCUUGUGCAUCAUCUCCUCACCGUCUUCUUGCUGUCAGAAAGUGUUAUUGUUCCCUCUAUCAAUGUUCACUCGAAGAAGACAUAAUUGCUUAUGCCCCACCAUUUGUUAUAAAGAUUCUAGUUGCCUUGGUGAGUUCUUUCAGGUAUGAUGGGGAAGUGGUCGAUUUAAAUUUGGCAAAUGAAGAAGCAUCCAAGUUACAAGAAGCUGUUGCAUUGAAACGAUUCGAUCAAGAUCAUGUUGUAUGGAUACUUAGCACAAGAAAUGUGUUCCAGCUCAAAGCAACUUUCGAAGCCUACUAUCAAAAAUUCGGAAAUCAUCUUUAUGAGGAUAUCAAGGAUUUUGGAAAUGAUUUGUUGGAAUCUUUGGUAAAAGAUGUGAUUGCAUGCAUUGCUUCCCCUGAGAAACAUUUUGUUGAGGUCAUCAAAGUUGCAACUGACGGCUGGGGUACAGAUGAAGAUUCGCUAUCAAGAGUCAUUGUAAGUCGAGCUGAAGUAGAUCUGAUGAAAGUGAGAGAAGCAUAUAUGGAUAUAUACAAAACAAGCCUUGACCAGCUGAUUAAAGACGAGACUUCCGGAGAUUAUGGGGCUUUUUUGAUGGCAUUGUUGGGAAAUUAACUCGAAUUCUUAUGUACAUGUACAAAAUAUUUGUGCUUGGAGAAUAACUUGAUGUGUGUGUUCGUUUGAAUUAUUGUGUGAGCAUUCUAGUCUUGGAAGAAAGUUGGGAAUUAUGUGUUGCAUCUGGGUGAUGUUUAUAAUAAUAUUGUACCUCUACAAUUUAAUGCA